AACAAGACUACAUUCGGUGGUAGCUCGAACCUCUCAUCUCGCAGAUCGGGCAGAAGACAGCAGUUUCUCGUCUUACCUCUUCAUCAUUUCGUUGGUUGAGCCACCACAAGCAAUUACCAAGUAUGGAUACAGUGGAUACAGAUCCGCCGUCGAACAGACCCUCGCUCAGCUGCAUUCGGUGCGCCGACAGAAAGGUCAAGUGUGAUCGACAGGAGCCUUGCAAUGCUUGUAUCAAGCACAAAGCUCAAUGCAUUUAUCGUCAAAUUCCACCGCCACGAAAGAGACAAAAACGCGCCAAACAGGAGAUCCUCUCCGCACGAAUCAAGCAUUAUGAAGCGUUGCUCCAGGAGCACGGAAUCAAUCCAACACGGCCUGCACAGAGUGUUGGAUUUGGAUCGCGCCAUAUCAACACUGAUGAAGAAUCAACACCUCCAACAGCUAGCAAAGAGCAGCCCCCAAUCCCAACGCCAGCGUCGACUAUUUCCGAAUCACAACGAUCCCUUAUCGCGUUAUCUGAGACACAAUUGAUACAAGGGCGAGAAGGUAGCCAGUUUGUUGACAAUAGCUUGUGGACAAGAAUGGUUGAAGAGUUCCACAGUCCCGAGGAUGUUUUGGAGACAGCUUCAACAUCUGAAGCAACAGAUGAUGCUGAUGGGUUCGGAGACGAAUUCGCUUUCGUGCUGGGAACCACUUCAAAGAUCGACAUGGCACGUCUUCAUCCACGCCCUCCCAUGAUGCUCGAACUCUGGCAAGUCUUCGUUGAGAAUGUCGAUCCUAUUACGAAGGUGGUACAUGUGCCUACUUUGCGGCCGGCCAUCGACAGGGCAGCAGCUGAUAUCGCGAGCAUACCAAAGAGUGCUGAGGCUCUGAUCUUCUCUAUAUACGCGAUUGCCAUUUUUUCACUCAAAGAUAAUGACUGCAAACGAAAAUUCGGUGAGCCACGCAGAAUGUUACUAGCACGUUAUAUCUCGGCGACGAAAGCAGCACUGUCGCGUGCGAAUUUCUUGGGGACAAACAGCCUUGUCGUCUUGCAAGCCCUUAUGCUCCAUCUCAUGGUUGUGCGGGACGUCCAUGAACCGCGGUCUGUGUGGGUCUUGACAGGGGCUAUUCUACGCAUCGCAGAAACCAUGGGUUUGCACCGUGACGGGACGUCAUUACGGUUGCCUCCAUUCGAAACCGAAAUACGGCGACGGAUCUGGUGGCAAUUGAAAAUGCAUGACUUCCGCACAGCCGAGCUCUGCGGUAUUGCCAAAUUUCGAGCUUUGGACAUGGAGGACCGCACAUGCAAGCCGCCACUCAAUAUCAACGACGAUCAACUCUGGCCAGGUAUGUCGACACCCCCAAUAGCAUCAGAUAAGCCGACGGAUAUGAUCUUUUGCGUCAUCAGACCCGAGCUGGGCAGUUUUGCGAUGGCUCAUGCGGCGAAAAUGGGCGAAGACGGGCACCCUGUCAAUUGGGACAAAUUUGGGGGAGCAGACCACCCUAAAUUGAUGGCAGAGUUUCUCACGAAGAUUGAAGAAAUAUUGGAAACCAAAUAUCUGCGAUUUUGUGACCCUACACAGCCGCUGCACCUCAUAACAGUAUUGUUUGCUCGAACAGCUCUGAAUACGGGCCGUUUUCAGGCACAUCAUCCACGGAAAUGGGGGAGCCUAGAACAGAUCCCUGAGUCUGAGCGGCAAUAUGUCUGGGACCUCAGCCUCAAGCUUCUGGAACAAAACCACAUGGCGCAGUCAAGCCCCCACCUGCACCAAUUCGCAUGGCACGCAGCCUGGUUUCUGCAGUGGCAUGCACUUAUACAUGUUCUGGAUACUCUGCGAAGCACCCCACUCAUGCCAGAUGCCUUGAAAGCGUGGCAACUUGUUGGUUUCACAUACGAAAAUAAUCCAGGCAUGGUCUGGAACACCAAACGGCCUAUUUACGUUGCUGUAGGGAAUCUCUGUCUGAAAGCUUACACCGCACGCGAGGUGGCCCUCAGCAAAUCAGGGAUCAGUGUUCCCGUGCCACCGCCUUACAUUGCAACGUUGCGUCAACAGAGGGAAGCAGCAAGGCUUAGGAAGCAGAGGCAGAAUGCAAGGGGCAGUGUUCACAGGACAGGUCCUGACUAUGGCCAUCGCAAUGCUGCCCAACAGGACAUGACAGCCACUCUGAGCAUGACAACCUCGCAAGCUGAUAUCGAGUCUGACGAUCGGCAGCUGGCACGACCGCAGCCGCCCAGCUACGAUAUACCAAGCAACGCGUUCAUCGACAGCAACGGCGUUUACGAUGGCAUCUUUUCGACCGCCCCAGUGAAUACCGACACGGAUUUCAUGUUGGCAUACGACCAAGCUCUCGGAGAUGCGGCAAAUGAGACUGUUAACUGGACACAAUGGGACAAUUGGUUUGGUGAUGUGGGCAUGACACAGGAGGACAGCUGGCUUACCGACUUCGACGCGACGCAAGCUAACUUCAGCAUGGAUGCCCAGAAUGUGUCUUCAUAGAAGGACGUCAAGACAUCUGAGGGUGCGACAUAAUACGAAUAUUGCAUCAUGAUUCUCAUCUCGAUUACGUGAGAUUUGCGAGAUCUCGAAAUACUUACCAUCGAUCGGGACCAGCACUUGCGGAGUAAGCGAGCAGUAUAUCAUCCGCCAGUGUGAUACCUUAGAGCGUCUCGGUGUCGUAAUCUUCGAUCCUUGCCUUCCGUUGAUCUUGCCACAGGACAGAUGCUGGAAAUCAAGAUAGGCAUGUUCUUGCAGACGACUCACCAGAAUCUGUCAUCGGCCCUAAACUUCAUGUCACAGAGUACGAGUAUGCAGAUUGCAGAUUACUGCUUCGUCCAGAGUUGAGGAUCCGAGCCACAUUCUGUGCCUCGAACGACGCUACG